AUGGCGGCCAACAGCCGCUGCUCCGCGGCGGAGCUCCCUCCGGGCCUGGAGAGCCAGCGGCGGGAGAUUGAGUGUUUGCUUCGGGACUGCGAGCUCCGCGCCGGGGACAGUUGGUUCAUGGUGGCUCAUCGCUGGUAUGAACAGUGGAAGGAGUUUGUGGAAAGUGGAGACCAGAACUCGCUGUGUCCUGGUCAGAUUGACAACACUGAGUUGUUUGAUGAUUUGGACUCGUACCACCUGAAGGAGCGUCUGGUGGAGAACGAGGACUUUGUUUUGCUGCCCGCUGAGGCAUGGCACAAGCUUCACUCCUGGUACGGGAUGGUGGACCAGCAACCGCCACUAGAACGCAAGGUGGUGGAUCUGCCCAGCACACUUAAAGUGGAAAUUUACCCAGUGGAGAUUUUCCUUUGUCUCCAUGUUGAGAACGUCAUCACGGCACAGUUUAGCCGCACCGACAGCAUUCAGUCGAUCCAGUCGGCCAUGUGUCGAGCAUUUUCGCUGCCGCCGACGUCCGAAUGUCGCCUGUGGAUGAAAAGUUCCGACAAUAGCUGUGAACGUCUCAGGAAUGUCCAUAUGAGUGUGCUGGAUGCCUGUCUGAGCUCAGGGAUGACGGUGAUCAUGGAGACAAGGAAUGCUGAUGGCACCUGGCCAAGCUCCAGACCUUUAAUUCUGAGGAAUUCAGUGGAGGAGCUGGACUCGUAUCGAGGUCAGCCCGGCGUCUGCGGUCUCACAAACCUCGGCAAUACCUGCUUCAUGAACUCUGCCCUGCAGUGUUUGAGCAACACUCCUCCGCUGACCGAGUACUUCCUCCAAAGCGCCUAUUUAGAGGAGCUCAACUUCGCCAACCCGCUGGGCAUGAAAGGCGAGAUCGCCGAGGCCUACGCUGACGUUAUCAAGCAGAUGUGGUCGGGCCACCACUACUCAGUGGUGCCGCGCAUCUUCAAGACAAAGGUGGGCCACUUUGCAUCUCAGUUUCUGGGCUACCAGCAGCACGACAGUCAGGAACUGCUCUCCUUCCUGCUGGACGGGCUGCACGAGGACUUGAACCGGGUCAAGAAUAAAGAAUAUAUCGAGCUGCGUGACGCAGAAGGGCGACCGGACCAGGAAGUGGCAGAGGAGGCAUGGCGGAACCACAAACGACGCAACGACUCUGUGAUUGUGGACACCUUUCACGGCCUCUUCAAGUCCACGCUCAUCUGUCCCCAGUGCCACAAGGUGUCGGUCACUUUUGACCCAUUCUGCUACCUUAGCAUUCCACUUCCUGUCAGCAAGGAGCGCGUCAUGGAAGUCUUCUUCAUCUCGCUUGAUCCGUACGCCAAACCCAUGCAGCAUCGCGUUGUGGUCCCCAAGGCGGGAAAAGUGUCACACCUCUGCGCAGCCCUGUCAGAGAUGACUAAUGUUCCCGACACGCAGAUGGUAGUUGCUGACGUCUUCAAUCAUCGCUUUUAUAAAAUCUACUCAUCUGAUGAAUCUCUCAGCUGCAUCCUGGACCGAGACGACAUCUUUGUGUACGAAUGCAGUGCUCAGUGCGAUCAGCAGGUACUGCUUGCAGUCUACCUAAGAGAGCGUUCCCACUAUAGAGACUAUGGCUCUGUCAACACCGCCCUGUUCGGACACCCACUGCUUCUGAACGUGCCACGUAGCAGCUGCAGCCAGGAUGCCCUCUACCAACUCUUCCUGCAGAGAUUAGCGCGCUAUGUACGUGUGCCCAACUCCUCUGAGGAGCUGGAGGAGGACGAUGCCGACGAUGACGAAGAGGAGUUGUAUAAAAGUCAGACCAACGGCAUCAGUGAUGAUGAUGACCAAGAGGAUGCAGAGCAAUCGGGCUCGCCGCAUUUGGAGGCUCACUAUGCCGACGGGCCGUCGAAUAGCCGCCAACCAGACCCCGCAUUUGAGGGCCCUGGGCGGCCCCCCCCUCCGGAGGAGGGAGACGUUCACAACUUAUGCAUCGGUCCCACUAAGCCCCCCUACAGCGGCGACGCCGGCCCGAGCGGUGGCCACCACCACUACGCCCGCGGUGAGGAAGGCCAUGCUGAAGUCGGCCAAGAAGAAAACGAGGAGAACGAGGACGCGCCGCUGCAAGCCGCCGCUGCCGAAGAAGACGAUAAGCAGGAGGAGCCGCCUUCUCCUGGCCCGCCGCCUAACGAGCAAACAGACAAGUCAAGGGCGUGUCGCCAGAAGAAAAAGCGGCUGUUUGACAUCCGAGCGGUCAACUGUAACGGUACCGAGCGGGAGAACGAUCCUGAAAUGACAUUCAGCUCUCAGCCAUACGUGGCUUUGGACUGGGAUGCUGACAUCAAGAAGAGAUUCUACAAUGAAAACGAGGCCGAGAAGUACGUGAAGCACAGCAGCAUGGAUGUCCCACAGCAGCAGACCACCGUGCAGCUGCAGGAGUGUAUCCAGCUCUUCACCACUGUAGAAACACUGGAGGAUGAGAACCCAUGGUACUGUCCCAUUUGUAAGAAACACCAGCUAGCUACCAAGAAACUGGACCUGUGGUCUCUACCGGAGGUCCUCAUCAUCCACCUUAAGAGGUUCUCCUACACCAAGUUUACCAGGGAGAAGCUGGACACCAUUGUGGACUUUCCACUCAGGGAUCUGGACUUCUCUGGUUGUCUUCUGAGGAAGAAGCUUUCGAACGGGGAGCCUCCGAGCCGCUAUGACCUCAUCGCUGUGUCCAACCACUACGGAGGACUCCGAGACGGACACUACACCAGCUAUGCACGGAACAAGGACAACGGACAGUGGUACAAUUUUGAUGAUAGCAAAGUCACAUACGCUACCGAGGAGCGGAUCAUGACCAGUGCCGCUUACGUGCUCUUCUACCAUCGACAAGACAAGAUGAGGAAACCGUCAGUGCCGGCGCCAGGCUCUGUAGCCGCCGAGGGCGCGCCGCCAUGUACCGACGCCGCAUCCGCGUUGGCUGAGCUCACCAUGGAGACGGACUGA